UGACUAAGACUGUGUGUGCUGAGCAGUGUGACGGUCGCUGUUUCGGACCCUGGGUUAGUAACUGCUGCCAUCGCGAGUGUGCAGGGGGAUGCUCCGGACCCAAGGAUACAGACUGCUUCGCGUGCACCAACUUCAACGACAGCGGGGCGUGUGUGACCCAGUGUCCCCAGCCCUUUGUGUACAACCCUACCACCUUCCAGCUGGAAAGCAACCCCAGAGCCAAGUACACCUAUGGUGCCUUCUGCGUCAAGAAAUGCCCACAUAACUUUGUGGUGGACCACAGCUCCUGUGUGAGGGCUUGUCCCAGCAACAAGAUGGAGGUGGAGCAGAACCGCAUCAAGAUGUGCAUCGCCUGCACUGACAUCUGUCCUAAAGCUUGUGACGGUAUAGGUACAGCCAGUCUGCAGUCUGCUCAGACCGUGGACUCCAGCAACAUAGACAAGUUCACCAACUGUACCAAGAUCAAUGGAAACCUGGUCUUCCUCAUCACUGGCAUUAAAGGGGAUGUGUACCACAACAUUAAAGCUUUGGAUCCAGAGAAGCUGAAUGUGUUCCGAACUGUUAGGGAGAUCACAGGUUUCCUGAACAUCCAGUCGUGGCCAGAGAACAUGACAGACCUGAGUGUCUUCUCCAAUCUGGCAACCAUAGGAGGCAGAGCUCUAUACAG